AUGACUGCACUUAAUUCAGGACCAGUAGUGACAGGAGUUGUCGGCAUGACAAUGCCACGAUACUGCCUGUUUGGAGACACCGUGAACACUGCUAGUCGGAUGGAAAGCAAUGGAAAACCUGGCCGCGUUCAUAUUUCCACGGAUACAAUGAAGUUCCUCACCGAAGUAAUUGGAGGCUACAAAUGCGAAUAUCGUGGAGAGGUUAUGGUGAAGGGAAAAGGCGCUCUGGAAACAUAUUGGUUGCUAACUCCCGAAGAACAAGAGAAUGGGCUCAUUGAGUGA